AUGUGGCCCAUUUGGCUGCUGGUUCUGUCGCUAUCGUUAUCACAGGCUAAUGGAAGGCAGGUGGGCAGAUGCAGCUUGGCCCGUCAGCUUUAUAGAUAUGGAAUGCCCUACAACGAGCUACCCGACUGGCUGUGCCUCGUGGAGGGCGAGAGUUCCUUCAGCACGAAGGCAAUCAAUCCAUCCAAUGCGGAUGGUUCUGUGGACUGGGGUCUUUUCCAGAUCAACGAUCGCUACUGGUGCAAACCCGCCGAUGGUCGUCCUUCCAACGAUCUCUGUCGACUGCCCUGCCGUCUGCUGUUGAGUGACGAUAUCCGGUAUUCAAUAGCCUGUGCCAAGUAUAUCAGGAAGCAGCAGGGAUUCUCCGCCUGGGUGGCUUGGAACAACCGCUGCCAGGGUGUGAAGCCCAAUGUCAGUCACUGCUUCCGGCGGAGGUACAGGAAUUCUGGUUGA